CAUUGCUAAAAAAGAGAAAUAUCACUAUUUCUAGUCAAGCAAUGAACAAGGAAGAAAAGAAGGCGAGAGGCGCAAAUUGCUUAAAUCUAGAUGAAUUUCAUAUUUCUAAAGAGUGGGGAUUUGUUUUACCAGAUCCACUGUCUGACCUCCCGAAAUUCUACCAACCUUGGAUGGAUAUCGCAAACAGCUUAAUCUACCUGAUUGAACAUCAUCAGCUUCGGUAUGAAGUGAAUAAUAUGCAACUUCUGAGCACAGAUUUUCUAGUUGGGUAUAAACAGCUGCGGUUGGCACACAUGGCACUCAGCUUUAUUACAAUGGGCUAUGUGUGGCAGGAGGGAGAACACAACACUGCAAAGGUGCUGCCUAAGAGCCUUGCAGUGCCAUUCUGCGAAGUAUCCAAAAUCCUUGGGCUACCACCUAUCUUAGUUCAUGCAGACUGUGUUUUAACAAAUUGGAAGAAAAAGGAUCCCAAUGAGGAAAUAGAGCUGAGAAAUUUGGACAUUAUCUUCACACUGCCAGGAGGAGACAGCAUCAAGGGAUUCUUCCUGGUGACACUAGAGGUGGAAUUGGCAGCUGUACAAGGCAUCAAGGCUAUUUCCAUUGCAACUGAAGCAAUAUUGAACCGUGAUGAUGAUUCAAUUAAAAAUGCUUUGCAAGAUAUGGCUAAAUCAAUUAGGAAGAUGAAUCAUUCUCUCAAGAAGAUGGAUGAGCAUGUGGAUCCUGACACUUUUUAUGGAAUAAUUCGACUCUUUCUUUCUGGAUGGAUGGAUAAUCCAGCCUUUCCCGAAGGUUUGUUGUAUGAAGGAGUGUGGGAUAAACCUAGGCACUUCUCGGGUGGAAGUGCCGCACAAAGUUCCACUCUGCAAUCCAUUGAUGAAUUUUUGGGAAUACGUCACAAUGAGGAAAGUGCUGAAUUCCUACACCGGAUGAGGGAUUACAUGCCUCCAUCACACAAGGCAUUUAUCCAGACGAUAGCAUCAGGUCCAUCUGUGCGAGAGUACAUCGUGCUUAGCUGCAAUCUUGCUCUCUGUGAGCUCUACAAUGAUUGCAUAGCUGCCCUUGUUGAUCUGAGGAACUAUCACAUCACAGUAGUCACUCGGUAUAUCACUAUAACUUCAGCGAAAGCAAAAGCAGAGAAAGCCAAGCAAAAUAGCUCAGUGCAAAUAUUACAGAAAGCUCCAUCUGCCUUAGAGAAACGGGGAACGGGUGGCUCAGGAAUCAUGUGUUUGCUUAAAAGCGUCCGAGACUCGACUAAAAAAGUAAUGAUCGACAAAAUUUGAUGACAUCAAUGCAAGUUAACUGAUUUAUUGUAAUAUUAUAUGUAACUAAUAUAGAAUUUUAAGUAGGCAACGCAGAUUGUUUAUUGAUAACAUUAGUAAUGGCAAAUGCUCAGUCAUCAUGAAACAUCCAAGACAAAGAUACUUGCAGUCAGUGCUAACAGACAUCAGCUACCAGCACAAACAACUAGCUAAAACAAAUAGGACACUUUAACAGGAUUUAAGAGUUUGCAUUUUUGACAUAAUCAAACAUAGUUAAUAAUAUUUAUGAUUGUAUGGUUUAUAUA